AUGCCUCUUGCCCAGAAGGAGGAGAUGGUCGUGGCUCUCAGAGUGAAGCUGCAGGACCAUGAAGAAGACCUCCGUCAAGUUACUGCCGAGCUGAGGUCAUGUAAAAGAGAGAGGGAAAGCAGGAUAGCCAGUGUGUGGAGACAAGAGGAGAGACUGCCUGAGAUCAGAGCUGAUCUGGUCCAACUACAGCAGCAGUAUACCACCUGCUAUGCCCAGCUGGUCCAGGAGGAGGCUGGGUUGGGCAGGCUGAGGGAGGAGCUGCGUGAGGUGGGGGAACAGAGGGAAAGACUGGCUUCUCAGGUGACAGAGAACCAGGUCCUGAGCCAUGACCUGGACCUGAGCCAUGAUCUGGACCUGAGCCAUGACCUGGACCUGAGCCAUGAUCUGGACCUGAGCCAUGACCUGGACCUGAGCCAUGAUCUGGACCUGAGCCAUGAUCUGGACCUGAGCCAUGACCUGGACCUGAGCCAUGACCUGGACCUGAGCCAUGAUCUGGACCUGAGCCAUGAUCUGGACCUGAGCCAUGACCUGGACCUGAGCCAUGAUCUGGACCUGAGCCAUGACCUGGACCUGAGCCAUGAUCUGGACCUGAGCCUUGACCUGGACCUGAGCCAUGACCUGGACCUGAACCAUGACCUGGACCUGAGCCAUGAUCUGGACCUGAGCCAUGACCUGGACCUGAGCCAUGACCUGGACCUGAACCUUGACCUGGACCUGAGCCAUGACCUGGACCUGAGCCAUGACCUGGACCUGAACCAUGACCUGGACCUGAACCAUGACCUGGACCUGAGCCAUGACCUGGACCUGAGCCAUGACCUGGACCUGAGCCAUGACCUGGACCUGAACCUUGACCUGGACCUGAGCCAUGAUCUGGACCUGAACCAUGACCUGGACCUGAACCAUGACCUGGACCUGCUCACUGAGAAACACAAGGCUGCACAGCACAAGCUGUCAGUGCAGGCUCAGCAGGAGCAGGCCCUUGGAGAGGAGAUGCAGAAACUGCAGAAGGAGGUGAGCUGUCUCCAGGGCAGCCUGAGUCAGAGAGAGGAGGACAUGGAGGCACAACUACAGACAACUGGCCAGCUACAGCAGGAGAGGGUCAGCCUGCUCACAAAGCAGGACAACCAGCAGGGGGCAGUGUGUGUUCUGCGCGGGGAGCUGCAGUGGUGGCAGGCUGAGGUCCGGUCUCAGCAGGAGAGCAGUGAGGAGAUGUCGGGCCUGAGGGCUGAGCUACAGGAGACCCAGGGCAGGCUGCAGCAGUGUAGAGCAACCAUGAAGCACCUCCGCUCUGACCUGGAGCACGCCCAGAGACAGACCAGGCUGAGGGCUGUGCUGCAGGAGGCUGAGAGCAGAGCAGUGGACACAGAGACAAGGUUGCAGCCCCUGACCAGGUCCCUGGAGCUGUACAGGGUCAAGUACCAGGCCUGCCUCACCAAGAUCUCCCAGCAGGACAGCACUCUACAGGCCCAGGACGAGGACCUGAAGGAAGCCAGGGCUCAGGUGGUGGAGCGGGACAAGCAUGUGCUGCGUCUGUGUGCCCAGGCGGUGGUGUUGCAGGGGGGAGCUGAAGGCCCACAGUGCCCAGCUGGAGAGCGGGGAUGGUGCCCUGAGCCAGCACCUCCGAGACACCCAGAGAGACCUGGAGUCCAGCCGCAAACACUGCCAGGAGUGUGAGAUGGUCAUCAGCACUAUGAGAGACAGCACCGCCGCACUGAGACGACAGGUCGGACAGUCAGUCAGACCAGUUAGGUGGAGGAACAGGAGGAGAGUGUGGUGAAGAGCCAAGCUGAUUUCUCUGUCUACAGAGCCAGUCACAUCCACUCUGACUCAGACUACGACUCCCAGCUCUGCCGCAUCCAGGAACUACAACAGGCAUUCUCCCAGACCGUGGAGCAGUGUGCCCAGGGUAGCCAGGACCUCAGUGUGUGCCAGUCAGAGGUUCCUCAGCUGAGAGAGGAGGUGUCCAGACUCACCCAGCUCAAGGACAACACUGUGGCAGAGGUGCUGCGACUGCAAGAGGCUGGGAGGCAGCUCCAGGCAGAGGCCAUGAUGGAGGGCCAGCGCAGGCUGGAGGAGGUGGGAGCUCAAGAGCAGAGGGCUGCCAGGCUGGAGCAGGACCUGCAGGCCGCCCACAGACAGUGUGCCAAGAGACAGCAGGCAGUGCAGAUGCGGGAUAACCUCCUGAGGCGUUCGAAGGCUGACCUGCUGGAGGCCCGGGAGACUCUGAGUCGGGCUGUGGAGGUGGAGCGGCAGGCAGCUGCAGCCAGGGGCCUGGAGGUUGACGUCCAGAGGGGCAGGAGGGACGGACAGCAGAGAGGCAGAGUGUGGCUCUCUCAGGACCCAGCUGAUGACCCUCAGGGAGGAACUAAAGGAGGCCCAAGGAUGCUGCAGGGACACGGCCUAGGAGCUGGCUCGUCAGGAGGAGAAGGUGUUGCUGGGGUGGGGAGCAGGCCCAGAGGAAGCUACAGGCAGAGCUACGCAACUUAAAGGAUAGACUCCGCACCACAGAACAUGACCUGCAGGGCUACAGAUACUCUACAGGGCUUUGGGUUCCCUAAAGCACUCUGACUGUCUGUCUCUAUCUGGCUCCAAGUAGAGGACCCAGGUGGAGAGUCUGAAGAAGGAGGCAGGGGAGAGCAGGCAGGCCCAGCUCAGUGCUCAGCAGGAGGCCAACACACACCAGCAGAGGGCUCAGCAGCUGGAGGCAGAGCUGACCAACACCAAGGACACACUCAGGACUCUACAGCAACAGCUGCAGGAGCAGGCUGAUGCCAGCCAGGCACUGCGGACAGAGCUGUCCCAGCAGCAGUAGCUGCAGGAGAGGAACCAGGGGGCCAGGGAGAGAGAGGGUCGACUGGAGUCAGAGAAAAAGCAGCUCAGAACCAGCAUGGAAGCAGCUCACAGCCAGCUGAGGGAGCGGGAGAGGACUGUGGGGUGCCUGCAGGAGCGUGUGGUAGAGCUGCAGAGCACCACCCAGAGGCUGCAAGGAGGAACAGACAGCCAGCCAGGCUCAGCUGCAGCAGUGAAGGAGGGAGCGGGAGAGCAGGGAGGGCCAGAGACACAGCCAAGAGAUGAGCGUCUUUCAGGAGACGGUGUGCAGGCUGAGGGAGUGUGUAGAGGAGGCCCAGGCCAGCAGCAGGCAGGGGACCAGGGACACAGCAGCAGCACAACACAGCCUCAGAGAGCUGAGACUGGAGCUGGCCUCCACCCAGGCUUCCCAUAGAGAGAGCAUGGAGCUGGUGCGUGCCCUGCUUACACACAGCUGGCUGAGCAGAGUGGUGAGGCUGCAGGUCUACGUAGUGAGCUGUCCCGCCUGCAGCAGAGGAGCUCCCAGCUGUCAGAGGAGAGAGGGGGCCAGGAGGAGAGGACCAGGCAGCUGGCUGCAGAGCUCCACAGACUACGCACUGUCAGCAGACACUGGACGAGACUCGGUCCUGUGAGGGCAGGCUGGCAGAGCUGAGUGCCCAGCUGGGGAGGUCUCAGUGCUGGGGCCAGGAGAAGCUGGUAGCCCUGAAAAAAGGAGGUGGUGCUGAUUAAGGUGGAGAUGGCUUCUCUCAGGGAGAACUACCAUGCCAAGGUGGCCCAGGCAAGGGUCUGCAGGAGGAGAUGAAAAGGCUGAGCUGGAAGAGAGCAGGAUUGAAGCCGAGAGGUUCAGGGCCUCUCAAGCCAGUAUGAGUGGCCAGCGCAGUGCCCUGACCAGACCUCCCGUCCAGCUGCUCCACACAGAAUCUGCUCUGACUGCGACAGGAGCCUUCAGUGGCCAGAGAGACAACCUGUGGAGGAGGUGCUCUGGCUGCCAACCUGCAUCUGCACUAGCCCCAGACUCAGCCUGUGUCUGGGGCUAGGGAGGGGGGCCAAGUUUGCUGCUGAGUGGGUCAGAAGAGUGGCCCUUAGGACCCUGGAGCGCAGACCCCUGCCAUGUGGCCAACACCGCUGGAGCAGACCCGCUCUCUCAGCUGGGACAAGCCACGCCCUACACAUCUCAGGGAGGGACACUGGUGGGGGAUAGUAUGAACCAGUGAGAAGGGAAGUACAGGUAGUUAUGACUCAAGAGAAUACAGCACACAAAUAUUUAUGAUUUUGUAGCUUGAUAGAUAUGAAUAAAUUAUUGUAUUAUAUUUAAGAUUAUUUAAUGACAAUACUAAACUUGAAUAAUUAAAUUUCUUUGGUAUUUUCAGUAUAUAUUUUUUCAAAAGCUUUGUGGCACAAUAUUGUAAUAAUAAUAAUAAUAUUGUAAUGUCUUACCAUUACUCCUUCAGCCCAGUUCUAUAUUAUGAUUGUCUACUUAUUCACAACAGAUUCUGUUUUGAACACAGAUUCUGUGUUGUGAAUAAGUAGACAAUUACAAUCUUACCUGUACAGUAUCUGGGUCCUUCCACCAGUUCGGUGCCUUUUUAGAAGUGUAACUAGUGAUUUCACAAAAUGUUGACAUUCUGUCCAAAAGAGCACAUGUUCAACUUCAUAAAAAACACAUGUUGCCAUUCCAAUAGGUUACAUAAAAAGAUACUAUAGAAAGUAUCAGGGUUGACGGUAUCAGGGUUGACGAUCUCGUUUUAAAUCAGCCAUAAAUCCUCUCGUGACAGGGGGAAUGGAAGCUUGUGUGCAACAGGGAGUGGCAAUUUAAACCCAUUAGUUUUCUAUCACAAAACAGAAAAUGGCCCAACAAGUUUUUACACUAUGAUUUGACUAUUUGAUGUUCAAUGUUUCUUUUGAAAAAUACAUUUUAAAUGAAUAGUUUCACCAUAUUAAAACUAGAGGUUUGACCUUAAAAUGAGGGACAGAUGUGAAUGAAUCACUAAUCAAAUGAAAUAAAUAUCAUCUUCAGAACUGACUUAAAAUAACUAGGGAUGUACAAUGGAGAAAUGGUUGGAUUACAUGGGUUGAAGUCUUCCUAGAAGUGACACAGGGUUGACAGAGGGACAUGUCAAAAUGCUGAAUUUAGCAAGCCUUUAUUCAUAUUAAAAAUCAGAUUAAUUGAAUUCUCCAUGCCGUCUAUAUUAAAGGGCACUUCAUUGAGUAUAACAGGCUUUUAAAAUUAAUAUAUCAAAAGGCACUCUUCGUGGAACGACCCAUCUGACAAAUAUUUGUAUCUAUCCAUUCAAGGUUUUGAUUUACAUUUUUAUAGAAACCUAGAAAGAAUUAGAAAAAAGUGUCCAGCCUUUUAUUGUGGUAUGAGAAAUAGUCCUGCUUAUUUCUGAGGUUGUCAAAGGAUUAAUUGAUGUCUAGAUCAAAGUACUAAACAUGUAUUGGGGGGGGAUUUCAUGGUUUCAGUCACCUAGAGCAAUACAUCCUUGAGUUCAUGUAAGUCCUAAUGAAUUGUGUAGGCAGAGAAGUCUUUGUGGCCAAAUAAAAGUCUGGUAAAGACAUCUAAACCCAUAACAAGUGUCCCUUUGUUCUAGCACUACUCUAUUCAUCAUGAGUCGGCUGUGUGAAUCCAGGCAUUGCUGCAGCUUUGAGAGCAACUCUUGAGUUCCAUGCCCACCAGCUUUCAAUAACUGGGGAUGUCGGAGCUUGACAGUAGAAAGUAUUUUUUCUGACUAGAAGAAAAUAAGAGCCCUAAGCAAUAGUAGAUGAGCUGUUAGUAAGCACACAGUCCACUGGGAGAGAGACAUGGCAGAAUACUAUACAUAGUGCAGUGGUGAAGGCGAAACAAAAGCCAAAUGUAAUACUAUUGUUUGCAGAUAUUAAAGAUAUCCAAACUAUAGUGCCCCCCAAUUACAGUAAUAAACCAUGCCCAUCAUUGUACAUUGUAAUGAUCCACACCAGCAUGCAGGGUGAACUUUCGAGUAUUCACAGGGAAGGUUUGUGUCCUAAAGAGGCCCUAGUCAGCCAAUGGGAUCGAGCAGUGUCUGUUGUUCACUGGCAGCCUGCUAGGAUUAAUCCCAGCCUUACAGGAAGACACCAUCUUUUUCUGCCUUGGUCAGAUCAAUAGGCAACAUUCUCUCCAGCACAGCAGUCAAUACCCAACACUUAAGUUGUCUGUGGAAACUAAAGAAUGCCAAUAAUUGUUAUUAAUGCCUAGGAUUUCCCCAAGUACUGCAUUUAUAGGGUAAUUCCAGUGUAACAGACAUUCAACCAACAUCACACACAACACCAAUGCCCUCCGGAGACGUAGUGUAUACAUUAAGAAACCUAUACACAAAUACAAAGAUGGGAAAAAAAUCUACAAAAUGGAUGUGCAUCCUUUUUUCAAAUAAGUAUUGUGUUUGUAACCUGAUUUAUAAAUGGUAUUGCUCUUUUGAGUCCGAUACUAUAAUGGUACUGAGUAGUGAGCUACUGCACCAUGCUCUGGGUAAAACCUUGGCCCAUUCAGGCCUUAUGGAGAAAUUGGUCACACUGAAAUUCAAUAAUUUGUCCUAGGUGCUAGUUUAUUAUUGUCACCAAAGCCCCAUAUACUACCCACCAUUGCGACCUGUACGCUCUCGUUGGCUGGCCCUCGCUUCAUACUCGUCGCCAAACCCACUGGCUCCAUGUCAUCUUCAAGACCCUGCUAGGUAAAGUCCCCCCUUAUCUCAGCUCGCUGGUCACCAUAGCAUCUCCCACCUGUAGCACACGCUCCAGCAGGUAUAUCUCUCUAGUCACCUCCAAAACCAAUUCUUUCUUUGGCCUCCUCUCCUUCCAGUUCUCUGCUGCCAAUGACUGGAACGAACUACAAAAAUCUCUGAAACUGGAAACACAUCUCCCUCACUAGCUUUAAGCACCAACUGUCAGAGCAGCUCACAGAUUACUGCACCUGUACAUAGCCCACCUAUAAUUUAGCCCAAACAACUACCUCUUUCCCUACUGUAUUUAAUUAAUUUAUUCAUUUUGCUCCUUUGCACCCCAUUAUUUUUAUUUCUACUUUGCACAUUCUUCCAUUGCAAAUCUACCAUUCCAGUGUUUUACUUGCUAUAUUGUAUUUACUUUGCCACCAUUGCCUUUUUUUGCCUUUACCUCCCUUCUCACCUCAUUUGCUCACAUCGUAUAUAGACUUGUUUAUACUGUAUUAUUGACUGUAUGUUUGUUUUACUCCAUGUGUAACUCUGUGUCGUUGUAUCUGUCGAACUGCUUUGCAGUUGGCCAGGUCGCAAUUGUAAAUGAGAACUUGUUCUCAACUUGCCUACCUGGUUAAAUAAAGGUGAAAUAAAUUUAAAAAAAUAUGGCCUGAGGUGUGAUAUAUAAGGCACAAGUGGGUGUGGUAUAUGGCCAAUAUACCAUGGCUAAGAGAUGUUCUUAGACACAACGCAAUGCGGAGUGCCUGGAUACAGCCCUGGGUGGUUCGAGCCCUGAAUGCUGAUUGGCUGACAGCGGUGGUAUAUCAGAUCGUAUACUACGGGAAGGACAAAACAUUUAAUUUUACUGCUCUAAUUACAUUGGUAACCAGUUUAUAAUAGCAAUAAGGCACCUCAGGGGUUUGUAGUAUA